AUCGAGCGCCAUCUCCGUUCUGUGCAAUCUGCUCUGAACCAUGGAUUCCUCUUUGCAAUUAACUAUCAUAGCCAUAUUGGUGUCCUUGUUAGUGUUUCUCUGGCACACUAAGAGAAAUAGAGGAGGUAGCAAGAACAAGAGUAAAGAGGCUCCUAUCCCAGCUGGUGCAUGGCCACUAAUUGGUCACCUCCACCUUCUGGGUGGCGAUGAUCAACUUCUCUACCGAACACUUGGAACAAUGGCUGACCAAUAUGGACCAGCAUUCAACAUCUGGCUCGGCACUCGCCGCGCAUUUGUGGUGAGUAGCUGGGAAGUGGCAAAAGAAUGUUUCACAUCCAAUGACAAGGCACUUGCCUCACGCCCCACUACGGUUGCCGCAAAGCACAUGGGCUACAACUACGCUGUGUUUGGUUUUGCUCCUUAUAGUCCCUUCUGGCGCGAGAUGAGAAAGAUUGCAACUCUUGAACUUCUCUCCAACCGCAGGCUCGAAAUGCUCAAACAUGUGAUGGUGUCCGAACUCAACAUGGUGAUGAGGGAUUUGUACAACUCUUGGGUCCAAAAUAGGUCUCGGCCUGUGCUGGUUGAACUGAACCGCUGGUUGGAGGAUUUGACUCUGAACAUGGUGGUUAGAAUGGUGGCGGGGAAACGCUACUUUGGUGCCUCGGCUAGCUGUGAUAAUGAUGAUGAAGCGAGGAGGUGCCAGAAGGCUAUUAAUCAGUUUUUUCAUCUGAUUGGGAUUUUUGUGGUUUCGGACGCUCUUCCGUUUUUGCGUUGGUUCGAUGUGCAGGGGCAUGAGAGGGCAAUGAAGAAGACUGCCAAGGAGUUGGAUGCCAUACUUGAAGGGUGGCUAAAGGAGCACCGUGAGCAAAGAGUUGAUGGUGAAAUUAAGGCAGAGGGUGAACAGGAUUUCAUUGAUAUCAUGCUGUCGCUUCAGAAGGGUGGUCACCUAUCAAAUUUCCAAUAUGAUUCGGAUACCAGCAUCAAAUCCACAUGCCUGGCUCUUAUACUUGGUGGAAGUGAUACCACAGCUGGCACGGUUACUUGGGCCAUCUCAUUACUGCUCAACAAUCGCCAAGCAUUAAAAAAGGCGCAAGAAGAAUUGGACCUGAAUGUUGGCAUGGAACGGCAAGUUGAGGAGUCAGAUAUUAGAAACCUUGCAUAUGUUCAAGCAAUUAUCAAGGAAACCUUGCGGCUAUACCCAGCUGGUCCCCUCCUAGGACCAAGAGAGGCCCAAGAAGAUUGCAAUGUUGCUGGCUACCAUGUCCCUGCUGGGACCCGCUUGGUGGUUAACCUGUGGAAGAUUCAUAGGGAUCCAAGGGUGUGGCAGGAGCCUUCUGCUUUUAGACCCGAGAGAUUUCUCACAAGUGAUGCUGUUGAUGUGAGAGGCCAAAACUUUGAACUCAUUCCCUUUGGCUCUGGUAGAAGGUCAUGCCCUGGCAUGUCCUUUGCACUCCAAGUUCUUCACUUGACACUGGCUCGUCUGCUUCAUGCAUUUGAAUUCGCUACCCCAUCAGAUCAACCAGUUGACAUGACUGAGAGCCCUGGUUUGACAAUUCCUAAGGCAACUCCUUUGGAGGUUCUUCUUACUCCACGCCUUCCAGCCAAAUUAUAUGCCUGCUAAAACAUAUAGUAUGUAGCUGCAUCUUCUAUUGAGAGUGGAAUUGAUAAAUUCCAGUUGUUUGAUGUAAGGCCACGAUGCCGUUAAUUACAAUGAAAAGACAGUGUUAUAUGACAUGGUUAUAUCUGGAAAAGAAAAUGUCUUUAAUUUUAA